UAGUAUACAUGAAGAAGUUGCCAGUGGUUCUAUGGUGUCAUCCGCGAUCAGUAUCGACGGCAUUCGAACGUGCUUUCUUGCAACGCGAGGAUUUUUAUUGUCUUCACGAACCGUUCGGUGAUGCUUAUUACUUUGGACCUCAGCGGCAAUCUUUGCGUUAUAAAAAUGCAGAUCUACCAAACGAUAUAAAGCUCACAUCAACGACAUUUCAAUUCGUCUGUGACGAAAUUCGAACUGCACGACCCGGAAAACGAACCUUUGUUAAAGAUAUGGCCUAUCAUGUCUUUACUUAUCUAAAAGAUCAUGAAUUACCAAUCGAUAAAAUGAUAAGCACGUUUCUGAUCCGCAAUCCCUUUAAUGCCGUACCGUCGAUGUAUAAGUGCAGUAUCAGUGACUGGGGAAGCUUUGAUCCAACCGAAAUGGGUUAUUUGAAACAAAGAGAUCUCUUUGACCACGUCAUGAAUCGUUACAGACAGACACCAAUCGUUGUUAAUUCGGAAGAAUUGGUCAAGAAUCCGAGGGCAGUUCUACAGAAGUAUUGCGCACUUGUAGAUAUUGAGUAUAAAGAAUGCAUGAUCGAAUGGAAACCAAUGAAAAUCGAGCAGUUUGACAAGUGGACGGGUUGGCAUGACAAGGCGCAACAAAGCACUGGCUUUACAAGUGAUAUACAGUCGCUGAAGAAAGAUUUAUCGACGUAUCCACAAAUUGUUCACAAAACAAUCGAAGAAAAUCUACCGAUCUACGAUUAUUUAAAUAAGUUCGCAAUAAGAGUUUAAAUCGAGUUCCAGAAAAGAUAAUAGUUUGUGCUGUAUUUAUAUACUCUCCUAAUCUUUCACAGACGACAAUCAUUUCAGUAAAUAUAU